CGCACUGCAAUGAGCUAUGCGACGAUGAGGAGUCUGCAACUAUCGCAAGCCUCGAUGGAACAAAACGCUGUCAAAUGGCUUGGCUUGUACGGUGCAGUGCAGCUGAGUUUAGUCCACAUUUUCCUCGAGGAUCCGGCUUUUCCGUUGGUAGCGUUCGCUGGAGCUCUCCCAAGAACGGGACCGUUUCCUCGCUACACAUGCCAGCUAAUGCCGCAGGGACGAUCACCCCAUCAUUCCUUGUAG